GAGCUGAUGGAUCUGAUCCGGAGGGAGGGGCAGAGGAUGACCGCCGCGCAGCCCUCGGAGACCACCGUGGGCAACAUGGUGCGGCGAGUGCUGAAGGUCAUUCGGGAGGAGUACGGCAGGCUUCAUGGACGCAACGAAGAGAGUGACCAGCAAGAAUCCCUGCACAAACUCCUGACUUCUGGAGGACUGAGCGAGGAUUUCAGCACCCCUUAUCCUCCCCUCAGAGCUAACGUUAUUGAAGCUAUUAAUGAGCUGCUAAUAGAGCUAGAGGGCACCACGGAUAACAUCGCCAUGCAGGCGCUGGAGCACAUCCACUCCAACGAGGUGAUCAUGACCAUCGGGUACUCGCGCACGGUGGAGGCCUUCCUGAAGGAGGCGGCGCGCAAGCGCAAGUUCCAGGUGAUGGUGGCAGAGUGCGCGCCCUUUUGCCAGGGCCAUGAGAUGGCUGUCCGGCUGUCUAAAGAGAACAUCGAAACGACUGUCAUGAGCGACGCAGCCAUUUUUGCUGUCAUGUCUCGAGUCAACAAGGUCAUCAUUGGUACAAAGACAAUCCUGGCCAACGGUGCCCUGAUUGCGGUGAGUGGGACUCACACUCUGGCACUGGCAGCUAAACACCAUUCCACUCCGCUCAUUGUGUGUGCCCCCAUGUUCAAGCUUUCACCACAGUUCCCUAAUGAAGAGGAUUCAUUCCACAAGUUUGUGUCACCACAGGAAGUGCUGCCGUUCACAGAAGGGGAGAUCCUGGCAAAGAUCAAUGUUCACUGCCCAGUGUUUGACUACGUCCCUCCAGAGCUCAUUACUCUCUUCAUUUCUAACAUUGGGGGUAACGCGCCCUCCUACAUCUACCGCCUCAUGAGUGAGCUCUACCAUCCAGAUGACUAUGAGCUCUAGUGCCGUGAAGCUUGUCACUCUCCAGACUUCUGGUUUUCUCUUGAGAAAGAUGCCAACAGCUAAUUAAAAUGUGCGUUGCAAAGACAGGUUCCUGUGGGGAAUCCCUGGGGAAUUUGCUCAGCAUUGUCUUUCCUCCCCAAAAGCCACAGAAGGCAGAGCUCUUGUUCAGGUAUUGAUCCCUGUGCUGUGUUACAAGCCACGUGGAGCUCCUAACCCACUUUGGUUUUGAAGCAGCAAGGCAUAUGUGUACCACUCUCGGGCAGCUAAGCUGUUCCUUCAAGGUGUGCUGCAAUAAAGGCUGUUUACAGUGGUCUCCCUGUUAAACA